UAUACUAGAAUAUUUCUAGUUGUGUGUGAUUACUUUCUCAAUCUGUUUCCAUAUAAGUAACAAAAUUUAAAGAGUCCUUCUACUGGCAGAUUUCCGAUUCACAUUUACGUUAUUCAAGCAAGUUUCUUAUUUUUUUUAGUGUCUUUGUUGAUAGAUCUCGGCCAAAAAAGUAACAGUUGUUUGAUGGUAUCUGCUUUUAUUUGCAGACUUAAACAGCCAAUUCCAGUCGAUAAGGAAGUCUCUCAGGAUGUUCAACUUGUAUCAACAUAUGAAACCUGGAGACGCUAAGGAACAGAAGGAAGCGGAAACGACCGGACAUGACAGGUUUUAUCAGGAACGUUCAAGAUCCAGCUACAGGAAGAAGAAGAAACGAGCCUGUCGCAGAGCGCAGUCUGCAGCAGAGUUCGACCCUGCAUCAGUGGCUGCUGCAAAUAAGAGAGAUGCGUUCAGACUACGCUCUGUGUCCACAGAUAAAGAGGAAAGUGAAGAGGAAAUAUCCGAGCGAGCCCCAUUAGUUGCCCAGAAGAUAGAUUUCUUAGCAAAAUUUCUCUUCAACAAAUCAUUGAUGGGUUCUGGUUCAGGAAAGUCCUCGCCUUCGGAAGCCACUUCUUCACCAAGAGUUGCUGAGCGAUCAAUGGAGAGUUCCGUUGCUUUGGCGAUUUGCAAUGAAUAUUUAGCACACACUCCGAGAUACAGCAUGAUGUCGCCGCUGGGUCAGAUCGGCUCUCGUCCCAACAAGCACUGGUUCGCCAUACAUGACAACUCGAUCAAGACUGAGCGACUGCUCAUUCUUAUGCCGUUGUCUAGUAGGUGUUCUAUAGAACCCAGUGACCGUUCCCGCGAGCUGAUGAAGGAGCUGUUCCGAGCACUCCAUCACCCCUACAUCUGCCCGGUGCUCGACCUGGAGAUGUGCAGCGGACACGCCAUCGCCGUCCUGCCAUACAACUCCAGAGGCAGUCUCAAGGACGUCAUCUAUAAAAGUACAUGGAGCGACGAGUACUGUCGUAAGUACAAUUCGUCCGGGGCCGGGUUACCGCCGACACAAGUGGCGCGUUUCGGGAGACAGAUGUUGGAAGGAUUACUGUUCCUCAAGGAGAAGGGAUUCCCACCCUUCAGACAUCUCCACACCGGCAACGUUGUGGUACAAAACGGCGUAGCGCGUAUAUGCGGUAUAGAGAACACAUUGAUCGGCGCUCCGCCCCGGCAAGCCAUCCGCUCUCUCCCCCUGGAACACGUGGAGUCCCUCGCUCUGGGACACGUCCUGUUUGAGAUGUGCGCAGCGGAUACCGACCUCGCCCUGAUAACAGACCUGCCGGCCGUGUAUUCACAGGUCGUGGACAUCAUUGAACUGAUAUUCAGCGCUCGUCCUCCGAGCCUGCAUGAGCUGCUGCUGUGUGAAUUGUUUCGGAAGAUAGACCUGAGAGAAAUGAAAGGAUCUUGUUUGCCCAACUUCAGUCAGCGUUUAUCUCACUCGUGCCUGUCUUUGUUGGGCGAGGUGUCUCGUCGUCAGAGUGUUGGCGCGACUUGUUCUACUCCUUGCUCCAGUCGUGGCAUGACUCCCGGUUCGCCGUCGCCCGCCACACCACCCUCUCGUAGGAGGUACCUCUUCCUAGAUCAGGACUACACCGAAGAAUGGCAACACUGAAACUUAAAAAUUAUCCUAUAUAUCCUAUUUUCUGAGAAUUUUGUAAUUCUAUUUCUG